GAGCGAGCGGCCCCUCUGUCAGUGCUCCAGCCGCCCCUCCCAGCCGUCGCCCCGCUCACCAGCCGGGAUGUUGCCUGUGGUCGCGGGGCUCCUGCUCGCCGUAGCCACGGGCGGCCGGGAGUCGGCGGCGGACGACCAGGAGAGCCCACCGGGUAGCCGCUUCGUGUGCACCUCGAUGCCGCUGGCCCUGAAAGCCACGGUGCUGCAGCUGCGGGAGACCGUCCUGCAGCAGAAGGAGACCAUCGGGAGCCAGCGGGAUGCCAUCCGGGAGCUCACCGGCAAACUGAGCCGCUGCGAGGGCGUCGACGGCAAGUCUGGCACGGGGACGUGGAAGAAGGAGCUGGGCAAGGGCAAGGACACCAUGGGCGACCUGCCGCGGGACCCGGCGCAGGUCAUCGACCAGCUGAGCCGCACCAUGCAAACCCUGAAGGACCGGCUGGAAAGCCUGGAGCACCAACUCCGAGCCAAUGUGUCAUAUGCAGCACUGCCUAAUGACCUUCGAGAGAUGCUUCAGCGCAGGCUUGGAGAUCUGGAACGCCAACUCCUGAGCAAAGUGGCUGAACUGGAGGAUGAAAAGUCUUUGCUUCAUAAUGAGACUUCAGCCCAUCGGCAGAAGACAGAGACAGCCUUGAAUGCAUUGCUAGAAAGAGUGUCUGAGUUAGAAAAAGGUCACAGUGCAUUUAAGUCACCUGAUGAAUUCAAAGUCUCCCUUCCUCUUCGCACAAACUACUUAUAUGGGAAGAUCAAGAAGACUCUGCCAGAGCUGUAUGCUUUUACUGUGUGCUUGUGGUUGAGAUCAAGUGCUUCUCCUGGAAUUGGCACUCCAUUCUCAUAUGCUGUUCCUGGGCAGGCUAAUGAAAUUGUCCUCAUAGAAUGGGGGAAUAAUCCAAUUGAACUGCUUAUUAAUGAUAAGGUUGCCCAGCUUCCUCUCUUCAUUAGUGAUGGAAAAUGGCAUCAUAUCUGUAUAACAUGGACAACCAGAGAUGGGAUGUGGGAGGCUUUUCAGGAUGGAGAGAAGCUUGGCACUGGGGAGAAUCUUGCUCCUUGGCACCCAAUUAAACCUGGAGGUGUCUUGAUCCUGGGCCAGGAACAGGACACAGUGGGAGGAAGAUUUGAUGCAACUCAAGCCUUCGUUGGGGAGAUGAGCCAGUUCAAUAUAUGGGACAGGGUCUUAAAAGCUGAAGACAUCAUGAAUAUUGCUAACUGCUCUACCAACAUGCCUGGCAACAUCAUACCCUGGGUUGAUAACAACGUCGAUGUGUUUGGAGGUGCUACUAAAUGGCCUGUGGAGACAUGUGAAGAGCGUCUGCUAGAUUUAUAG